CUCUGAUGCUUACGAGGAAGGGAAACCACAAUGGGCCCCACAUACCAUACAGUGAAGAUAGAUAACUGUUGAGAUUCCACGCACCACUCGUGCAUCUCUCAUUCUGUUUUCCGACAAUUUUCCGUUUCAAUGUUUUCAGAUCGGAGAAAAUACAGGAAAUUUUCAAUAACUUUCUCAGAAAGUUAAAAAGAGGUCGAGAAAAGGCAUUCCUGGCCCUACCCUUCUCUGCUUCCUCAUUAGGGACAACACAUAAGGGGAAGAGAGGGAACAGAAACAGUAAAUUAAAUUUUGAAGAAUUUGUAUAAGGAAACUACAUAUAUAUAUAUAUAUAUUAUUGAAAAGGGAGAGAGGGAGAAUGGGUUUGGCUGGUGGUGAAGAAAAUGGCAAUGCAGAGGGAAUUUGUGUGUCUCAAUUUCAUUUGGGUAGCAAGAACAAGUACAGGAGGAUGGAUUCUGAGUUUAUUACAGAAAAAGGCGUUCCAAUAUUAACAGACAAAAAACACGAUACCAAAAAGUUCGUGAUUGCUUGAGCCAUCUUUGCCUCUCUUAAUUCUGUGCUUCUCGGAUAUGAUGUGGGUGUUAUGAGUGGAGCAAUUAUAUUCAUUAAGGAGGACCUUAAUAUAUCAGAGGUCCAAGAAGAAGUACUUGUUGGAAUUUUAAGCAUAGUAUCUCUUUUGGGUAGUUUGGCAGGUGGGAAAACAUCAGAUGCUAUUGGUAGAAAAUGGACAAUUGCGUUUGCAGUUGGUGUUUUUCAGACAGGAGCUGCUAUAAUGGCUCUUUCUCCUUCCUUCGGGAUAUUAAUUAUUGGCAGACUCCUCGCCGGUGUUGGAAUAGGAUUUGGGGUAAUGAUAGCACCUGUAUAUAUUGCUGAGAUAUCACCUGCAAUAGCCAGAGGUUCUCUUACCUCCUUCCCUGAGAUCUUUGUAAAUUUAGGAAUUCUUUUUGGAUACAUAUCAGACUAUGUAUUUUCAGGACUUCCGGCACAUAUAAGUUGGAGGGUCAUGCUCGGUGUUGGAAUCCUUCCUUCAGUUUUUAUUGGUUUUGCUUUGUUCGUGAUCCCUGAAUCCCCAAGGUGGCUAGUGAUGCAGAACAGGUUCGAAGAUGCGAAAUCAGUGCUGUCCAAGACAAUGGAAGGCGAAAGACAAGUGGAAGAAAGAUUGAAAGAGAUACAACUAGCUGCUGGAUUAGCUAAUGCUGAGAAAUAUGAAGCAAGAUCCGUGUGGCGCGAAAUAUGGAAUCCUUCUCCUCCUGUUCGACGAAUGCUUAUCACCGGCUGUGGAAUCCAAUGCUUCCAACAGGUUACCGGUAUUGAUGCAACAGUGUAUUAUAGCCCAACAAUCUUCAAAGAAGCAGGGAUCAAAGGCAACAAUCAGCUUCUUGCUGCAACUGUUGCCGUUGGAUUUACCAAGACUUUGUUCAUCUUGGUAGCUAUCUUCCUUAUUGACAAAGUGGGAAGGAAGCCUCUGCUUUAUGUGAGCACAAUUGGAAUGACAACUUGCAUGUUUGGACUGUGCCUGACUCUGGCUCUGAUUGAAGAUGGACAACUUGGGAUUGCAUUGGCAAUUUUAGCUGUUUGUGGGAAUGUAGCUUUCUUCUCAAUAGGAAUUGGGCCAAUUUGUUGGGUUGUAUCAUCUGAAAUUUUACCUCUAAGGCUUCGAGCUCAAGGAUCGGCACUUGGGGCAGUAGGUAGUAGGGUCAGCAGUGGAGUGGUCACAAUGUCUUUCCUAUCGGUCUCUCGUGCAAUAACGGUUUCAGGGACAUUCUUUAUCUUCUCUGUGAUUUCAGCUAUCUCUGUUGUUUUUGUCCAUAAAUGUGUUCCAGAAACAAAAGGGAAAUCUUUAGAGGAAAUUGAAAUUAUGUUUCAAAAUGAAGCACAUUGGCGGGGUGAAGUAGAAAUGGGAGACUCAGAACGUCUAAUGCAGAAAGAGUGAGGAUUACUUUUUGAAUGCUCCAUCAACGUCCUUUAUUUUAUAAAACAGCCAAAGAAACUUAUAUUAGGAAAGGAAACCAUGUGUACGCUUGUAUAGUGUUAAAAUUACUUCAACCAAGGGACUUUAAAACAUGAAUUUUCGACAAAAGAAAUUGUAGUUCUAUAAAUAGUUCCAGCUGAGGAGGAUUGCACAGAUUUAGAUCAUAAAAGCGUGCCUAAUAGAAACCAAAAGAAAAAAAAAAGAAAAAAGAAAAAAAAAGAAAAAGAAAGGGGCCCGAAGGAUAAAAAUUACAAGAACUUUUUAUUCGCAAGCCUCGCAGCUACUUUAAGUAAGAACUUUUUUUGAUAAAAGUACCUUAACUAAGAACUAAGAACUUAAUUUAUACAUAUUGCUCCUUAAGAAUUC